AUGAUUUAUGAUGGCCUGGAAAUAAAUUGAGAACUGAUAUUUUACUUAUACACACACACACACACACACACAUAUAUAUAUAAUUAUAAUAUUCAUUCUAGUAUUCAAUUGCAUAUCCAUAUUCAUUCGCAAAAUAUCAUGAUGAAAGUCCUAAAAAAAAUGAACAGUCAUGUUUUGAUUACUCCAAGAGUCAGAAAAGGAAAACCUGUCAGUUUUUCACUUUCUUGAUUUAGUCUCCAUCUCACUACUUUGUGAGAUCUUUAUACUUUGAGUCACGCUAUGGGGUCACAAGAGUUCAACAAUGUUUGUGAUUUUUUUUCUGAUGACGUUCCACAAUUUAACGUCCCCACACUGAAAUACUGACACUGUUGCUGUCCACACAGAACAAAAAAAAAUACAUGUACUCAAAUAACUCUAUACUUACUAUAUGUGUAAUUUUUCCAAUUUUUCCAGAAAAACAUCCAAAACUUGAUAUUAACCUUCCGAAACUGUAAAAAUCAGCUUUUUACUUGAUAUUUUUUUAUUGUAUAUUUUACAGUUUAUACUCGUUAAUCAAUUAAAGUUUUUUUUUUCUGAAGCAUUUUUACAGUCUUUAACCAUUAAAAUUAGACAUUUUUUUUUUACAGAGAACUCAAAAAGAAUUAGAUUAACAGCAGGAAGAAGGAUAAGUAAUAUACAAAUUUGAUCUUCUACAUUGGUAAUGACUAUAGUCUAAUUUGCUAAUGCGAGUGACAUGGGUAUGAAAUCACUUUUAAUAAGUGAUGAGAAUACAGAGACAAAGCCAAUGACCAGGUGAGUGAAGGGAAAUGUUGCUACAUAGGCAAACAUUUACAUUUUACAUUUUCUUAAGAAGUGCCCUAUUUUGUUGAAAGAUAAAUGGCAUACAUGGAUUUGGAAAUAAUAACCAGGCAAACAAAAAUGUAAUCAUUGUCUAAAUAGAUAUAUUGUAUCAGUUAUGUUAUGAUAAUGAGUAUGAUUCAGUCUUUGUCUGAUACAAAGUGUUGGUCUUGACUUUAGAAUCUUUAUCCCCAAAUCAGUCAAUUCUUUUUGCAGCAUAUUAAGGCAGCACAAAAUAAAAUGGAACCAAAUCCAGACAAAACAUUGGAUCAAUUUGGGGAUUUUUUCUUUUUUUUUUGUUUUACAUUUUAAAACGAGGUCUUUAGUCACAUGUGCACUCAAAUUCUUACCCUUUCCACCACAGCCCAACAGAUGCUCCUCCUGUGUCAGGGUAUGAAUGGCUCAAGGGAGGAUGUACCAGCUCCCCCCACCUGGAGCCACAAACAAAGUUAUCCAGAUCUCGAAAAAAUGGCUUGUGCAGCCGACAGCUGCAUCCAAUUCACGCGUCACGCAAGUGAUGUUCUGCUCAACCUGAACCGACUGCGCAGCAGAGAUAUCCUCACAGAUGUAACGAUUAUGGUCAACAGACAACAGUUUAGAGCACACAAAACCGUCCUUAUGGCAUGCAGUGGGCUCUUUUACUCAAUCUUCACAGACUCACACAAAUGUAACCUGAAUGCCAUCAGUCUGGACCCGAAGGUUGACCCAGAGGGUUUUGCAAUACUUCUGGAGUUUAUGUACACUUCACGUCUCGCAUUGAAGGAGAGCCUCAUCAUGGCCAUCAUGAACACCGCCAUCUACUUACAGAUGGACCACGUUGUUGACACCUGCCACAGAUUCAUAAAGUCCAGUGACUCCUCCAUCAAACUGCCCAGAGAGGAUUUUCUGGUCAGCCCUCUGCUUUUACCUCAAGAUGUUCACAGUUACAGACACCAUGAGGUGGUGGAUAACAUAUCUGGACGGGCAGCAACUUUCAGAGAUGGGAGACCCUAUGGUGUCUGCAUGUUUAAUGGAGUCAAUUCUCCUAACAGCUCAUACCUUUAUGGCCAGUUUCCAAUGCAAGGUUUUCCCUUUCCUUUUUGCAAGCUGACAGACUCCAAAAACACUUUCUCAGACUACUCAAAGGGAGGUAUCAUCCAUCACAAACACUGCUCACCUGCUGACGGAAAUAACCCUGUGCUAGCUGACUUCACCCGCAACACCACCAGUGGAAGUGCCAAUGCUUGCCACACAGGCUUAUACUCCUCGAGAGAGCUUGGAAGAGAUGAGGAAAUGAAGCGGGAGAUGUUGGAGGGAGUUGUCCAAUCAAUCGGCAUGAGCUUCAGAAAACACGGCUUUAGCAGCCUGGCCCAGGAGCAGCAAAGGGAGACUGGAAAAGAGCAGAGUUUCAUAGCUGAGGAACAUUUGAGCCACCAACACUACUCUAUGGGCAUGUCCUCCAAUGGUCGCAAAGGCCUGAUGAGCAGCCCCCAGAGUCCGCUCAAAUCAGACUGUCAGCCAAAUUCUCCUACAGAGUCCAGCAGCAGCAAAAACGCUGCACUCACGCAGGCCUCGCAACCUCUGAGCUCUCAAGGUACACAAGACCCUAAAGCUCGCAACUGGAAGAAAUAUAAGUUCAUUGUGCUCAAUCAGAGCUCCAAGGAAGAGGAGACCAGUCCACAAAAUCCUGGAAUGCACUCCCCGCAGAGGCCAGUCUUGUCUGGUUUCCUUCCCCAUACUGACCCUGAACAUCCAGACUUAAAGGCAACAACAAAGAUUAGCGAUCAAGGCGAGGACUUCGCUGUGCCUCAGGCCAGUCGCCUCAAUAACAUUAUCAACAGAACUCUGGAGGGAUCACAGAGGAACAGUGACAGACGCUCUUCUCUGUAUAUCAGCCACUUAAAAUGUUCGUCCUGUGGCUCCCAGUCUCCACAGCACUCUGACGUCUGUCCGAACACGCCUGCCUCGCAUUUGGCUGAGGAGAUGUCUGAGAUGCACUCCGAGUACUCUGAUUCCAGCUGUGAAAACGGAACAUACUUCUGUAAUGAAUGUGACUUAAAGUUUGCAGAGGAGGAAGCCUUGAAACGCCACACGCUUCAGAUCCAUAGCGACAAGCCAUACAAAUGUGAUCGUUGCCAAGCAGCAUUCCGCUACAAGGGAAACCUUGCCAGUCACAAAACCGUUCACACCGGAGAAAAACCGUAUAGAUGCAAUAUCUGCGGGGCUCAGUUCAACAGACCUGCUAACCUCAAAACCCACACACGAAUUCACUCAGGAGAAAAGCCAUACAAGUGUGAGACAUGUGGAGCUAGAUUUGUACAGGUUGCUCACCUUCGUGCUCAUGUUCUGAUUCAUACCGGAGAAAAGCCAUAUCCAUGUGAAAUCUGUGGCACCCGCUUUCGCCAUCUGCAGACUCUUAAGAGUCACCUGCGAAUACACACAGGAGAAAAGCCCUAUCAUUGUGAAAAAUGCAAUUUGCAUUUUCGCCACAAGAGCCAGCUUCGGUUACACCUCCGUCAGAAGCACGGGGCAAUCACCAACACCAAGAUCCAAUAUCGCAUGUCUUCAACAGAGCUACCGAGGGACUUGACGAAGGCCUGCUGAGCAAACACUUAGGGGCAGACCUGACCAUGGCAUUAUAUGAACCUGACUUGUACAAUCAUUCAAAAUUUUAGUGCCACACUGUGUCAAUCAGACAGGUAAAUAAUAAUAAAACUUGGCAGGAAAUGCCAAUCUAAACGGGUUUCCUCUACAUUUGAACAUAGAACCACAUCAUGGUCUCUUGUAGUCACUUUAUUGUUUAUAUUUACAUAUGAAUGAAUAUAUAUAUAUAUAUAUAUAUAUAUAUCAAUGUUGGGAGUGUUUUUACAUUGAGUUAUAAAAAGCUUUAUUUUGUUGGAAGGUCAGAAUGUAAAACAUUUAAAUCCGGUUUUUGAGAAUACAGUAUUUUAUAACAAGACAAACGUACUUUUCUGAAGGUAUUUGGGGAAUUUUGAUUGGAGGUUGGAAUAUUGAGUCAAACACAUUUCUAGCAAAGCAAAGUGUGUCUAUAGAUUUUAUGUAUUGUACAGGUUACACUGUUGCAAUGGCCUCUAUCUUGUAAGAGGAACUCCUAACUGUGAUGUAAGCAUUGAAUAUCUUUCCUGGUUUUUCUUGUGUACUUUUGAGGAUGAUGGCUGCUCUGUUAAAUGGAAAACAUGCAUGGGGUCAGUUGCCACAGAUAAAGCUUCACUAUGUGGGCAACUUCAUAUAUAUUGUGACAAAGUGUAAUUACUUUACAUCAAGAUUGCUCUCUGCUGGCAGAGACGAUCUGAAAUUACAUGUUAACAUAUGCAUUCAAAGUAGUAGUAAUAAUAAAAAAAGAAAAGGUACUGCUAUGUUACGACCAAGGAGAUAUUUUGCUUAAGUUGUAUUUGUAUAGAAACGUGACCUUUGUUUUUUAAUUUCUUUUGGCAAGUGAAGGUUUACAGUUUUGUCGUUGUUCUAGAAGCUACAGUAAAAGGUUAUACUAUUGUCCUUUAUUUUAAUUGUGUCUGUGUAUAUACACUGUGUACUCAAGGUGCCUUUCUCAACAGUGUCUGAAUUCUUUCCCAUUCAGCCCAGGUACAACAGAAGGGCAACACUUGUCCUUUUUUUUUUUUUUUUUUGACUGUGUAAACAUGUGAGGAUAUGUUUAUUUGACAGAAAAGGUCAGUGUGAAUGAGUGUGUGCUUUAUAAAUGCUUUUCACACACACCUAAAAAAAAAAAAACAACUCAUUGUGUGAGCUAUACAUCUUCAGGACAUGUUUUGGGAUUGGGCUUUUUUUUUUAAAUAAAUGCAUUAAGCUUAUUGUAAAAUAUAGAUGUCUGAAUGUAAAAUAAAAG